UGAACCAUCAAUGGUGUGAAGCAUCUGUUCAAAUUUUAUGGAGAAAAAUACAAAGUUUAAAUACCUUAAUCACUUGUCUUCCUUAUGAAUCAAAAGUCAUUUUAAAGAAUAAUUUCAAACUCAACUUCAAGAUCCCUAUCUUUCAAUUAUGUAACAUUUAUCAAAUACUUUCGGAUAUCGAUAUUAGUAAUACAGUUGAAAGAUUGCUUAAAUAUACACGAAAAGGUAACGAAAAUAGAAGGAACGUGGCAACACGAGAAGUAUUUCAAAUGCUCAUGAAACAAACUUCCUUGAAAGAGCUAACUAUUUAUUCUGGCACAAUCCAAGAACCAAGUUUACCAUUUACCGAUAGCUUAAAUUUGAGUAACCUUUCUAAAUUGUAUUGUAGUUCAGAUACCUAUCUUGAAUUGUUUCAUCAGCUAUCUCUAAUUUGUCAUAAUCUACAAUCACUGGGGAUAUUUUUUAAAAGUAGCGUCUUAGAUGGAUUAACAGAUUUAAUGUCAGUUCAAAGACGUUUAAAGUACCAGCAACGAUGUCCUUUACCAUUAUCAUUUAUUUCAAAGCUCUACAAUUUACAAGAACUUUCAUUAUCAUUAUACAACCGUAAAGGUUUGGAAGUUUUUCAACAUGCUUUCCUUCCCCAAUUGCAAGUUUUAAAAUUUCAAUGUCAACAACCAGUUAAUGAACACCUAAACAGUUUCUUGGAAAACAGCGGAAAGAAUUUAACAAUACUUGACUUUUUAGAGGAGAGGGCAUUAUUGGAGAUCGUUGUGGAAUUUUCACCUAAAAAAUUUUAUUAG